GAAGCUUCUAUGUGGAGAGGGAACUUGAGAAAGAACAUGUACGCCGACUGAUGGGGACAUAUGUGGAAUCCCUGCAUGUGCAUGAUGUCUUGGUACGUGCUAUUAUGCCUCAUGAAUGUUGUUGGCACAAGCUAAGAUGGUGCUGCGUGGAGAGGUGCCCAAAAGUGGAUACCGUUUUCCCACGGAACUCAUUCUCAUUUACUGCAUUGGAGACCUUAUGCGUGUCAGAUCUCGUAAUGGCCCGCUGGAUUUUGAAUAAAGGUUCACACUUAAAUCAAUAUGGUGAAUGUGAUAUCAGUUCCUUCCAAAAUUUACAGCACCUUCAGCUGCAUUCAUGCCCCAGCCUCCAGUUCGUGCUCCCGUUAUGGGUCUCCUCCUUCCCCUUCUUGGAGACCAUCCACAUCAUCCACUGCGGUGACCUCAGCCACGUCUUCAUACUGGACGAAGAGUACCCUGAAGAAAUAACUACCCAUGGUGUACCAUUCCCGAAACUGACCACCAUCCACCUGCACGACCUCCCGAAGCUGCAACAGAUAUGCGAGGUCAAGAUGGUGGCCCCUGCGCUCAAGAGCCUCAAGAUCAGGGGAUGCUGGAGCCUGCGCCGGCUGCCAUCCGUGGGGGCCCGUGGCCAUGGCAGGAAGAAGCCGACCGUCGAGAUGGAGAAGGACGUGUGGGACGCUCUGGAGUGGGACGCGGACCACCGCCCCGAGCACUUCGAGGCGCCGAUCCACUCACGCUACUACAAGGAGAAACUGCCCAGGGUCUCCGUCCUCAGGUGAACUCCGCACUGUGGUGUUUCCCCUGUCACUACGUGAAAGUGAUGGACACUGCUGCUGCUGGAUCAUGCGUUUGGUUUGGUUUGUGUGCCUGCUUGGAUUGGUAUUGGCCUUAUUAGGUGCGAGCUUAUGGUGGCUCUCACCGUUUAUUAUAUUGUGAAUUUCAAAUAAGAGACGGACGGGUUUGUGCCUGCCUACACAGACCUGGACCGUGCGUGUGCGUGUCGUUUGAGAUUGGAGCGGCUUUUUGCUGUGGACGCCUGCGUGCAUCCACCAGACUGCAUUUGUGUGUGUGUGUGUGGCUUUGAUGAAUGCUUGGUAUGCGUGUGUGCGUGUGGGGAAUUGUAACAGCUACCUGUGUGUGCCUGCGUGCAUCUACAAGGCUAGCUCGGCUGAACUGAACCAAGACACAGCUCGGCUGCUUGUGUGU